GAAUUCUGGUGAGAGGGAGAGAGACAGAGAGGUCCGUAGUCUGAGCCUGAGAGAAGCUAAGGAAUAACUCAGAGUACGCAGGAUAGCAAGGAGAAAGUCGGCCGGGAGAGUAGAGAUAUUAGGUAUGGCAGGAAUGCUUCCAGGGGUGGAAUUGGCCAGAAGGCGAAGGGUAUAUCACCAUCAUCAAUACAACGACUCUAAUUCUCGAGAUCACCCCUCUCUCCUAAGAGAUCGCCUUCAACCUUCAUCGCCCUCCGAUUUGGACGAAGCAGCUCUCAAGGCCCGCAGAAGACUCGAGGAGAAGCUCGGCCUCGGCCGCCUCCGUUCCAGAUCGUCUAAACAAAAACCCAAUGAAGGUAGAAGCUCCAACCAACCGGUUCGUGCCAAAGAGUCGCAGUCUCUGAUGGGUGUGACAAAGCUAGAGAAACUGUGGCUUCCAAAGCUCGGGCGAAGGAAUUCGGAGGGAGAUGUGUGUGCUGUUUGUUUAGAUGGGUUUCAGAAUCAGCAACAAGUGAUGAAUCUGCCCUGCUCCCAUAGAUAUCACUCGGACUGCCUUAUCCCAUGGCUUACUACUCAUUCACAUUGCCCCUACUGUCGGACCCAUGUUCAGUCCUGACGAUAUACAUAUUGUAACAUUACUUUUAAGCUUUAUUUUUCUGUCGCCAUUUUUGUUCAUGUAAAGCUUUUGUGGCUCUUUUGUCUUUACUUUCCCUUCGCUGUUACUUUCUUCCAGGAUGAUUAGUGAGUUUGGUGAUUCAUUUCCACAACUCAAUACAAGUGUUGCAUAACAUGCCCAAAAUGCAAGAUUACAUGACUAGCUUAUUGGUCAUGCUAGCUUACAACC